UUCCCGCCAUUUGCAAAGUGCAGACGACAGUGUGAAGAUGGCGUCUGUCAGCAGCGCGAGCUCGUCAGGGUCAGACGACGAGAACAACGACAAGCAGGCAGCCAGCACCAGUGCCAGCAGUUCAAACCCAUUUGCCAGCAUGAUAGACACAGACUUUGACAUGAGCAAAGUCCCAGAGACUGAAGACAUCCGCAUUGAGCAGUACUUCAGCAAGGAAGAACUGGCUGAGCUCACUAAAAUCGAGAUGACGCGAUAUCGGAACAUGAAGCGUAACUAUGACGUCAUGAGGAUGCUUGGACUACCUGGAAAGAAACCCUACUUUAUGGAAAAGAACAGGCGCAGCUUGGUUCAGCCCAAAGAGCCCCCCACCCCACCCCUCACCAGCAGUGAGUCAGAGGAAGAUGAGGAAUGGACUCCUGAGCUGGAGAGGAAGAAGAACCAGCGCCCAAAGAAACCUUGGUUCCUGUUGCCACCCAAGAAACCCAGGAUGUCAAAACCUAAGCCCCAGACUACUGGUUCACACCCAAAAUCUAAGGCAAAAAAGAAAGCAGAAGCAACAGUGAGCAAAGCUCCAGAGACAGACGAGAGUGAUGAUGAGGGUGCAAAAACAUUCCUGGGUUUCCAACCUGAGGAGGUGGCUGAGAUGCAGGCAGACACAGCAGCCAGCAUUGCAGAGCUGGAGAAGAAGAUGGAGGAACUGGAGUUAGAGAUUCAACAAUGGGAGGCUGCUGGACCACAGGAUGGGCAGGAGGAGGGGUCAGAGUCAGACAUCAGUACAGAUUUGGAGGAAGAGCUGCUGACUACAACACUACAGCCAGUAAAGCAGCAGGAAUUGAAGAAGAAGGAGCCAGUAGAAGAUACGGAAGAGCCUCGGAAGAGUCGCUAUCCACAACGCAACAUUCCACGAAAGGACUACAAGGAGGUUGAACUUCCAGAUGAUGAUCACUACUUGUACUGUGAAGACUGCAAUGAGCUGUAUGAGGGAGACUGUCCAGUCCAUGGUCCACUCAUUGUGGUGAAGGACAAAGAAGUUCCCAAGGGAGUAGAAAACAGAGCGGUCCACACACUACCCGACUACCUGUCUGUGUGCCCAUCCAAGAUCAAGGGGGCAGGGGAUGGAGUCUGGCUGGAUGGAAAGGCCAUGCCCAAGAACUUUGUGUUUGGGCCAUAUGAUGGGAAAAUCACUGGACCUGAGAUAGGAAUGACAAGUGGAUAUGCUUGGCAAAUCUCCAAGAAUGACAAGGUGAAGUACUACAUUGAUGCCACUGACAUCACCAAGAGCAGCUGGAUGCGUUAUGUCAACUGUGCCAGGAAUGAGGAGGAGCAGAACCUGGUGGCCUUCCAGUACUACAGGAACAUCUACUACCGCACCUACAAGCCUAUUCCCCCAGGCACCGAGUUGAUGGUGUGGUAUGGGAAUGAGUACGCCAAGGAUCUGGGCAUCUUUGAAGAAGCAGAGUCAAAAGGAGAGGAGCCCAAGCAGAAAAAUCAAAGUAAGGCAUAGGUUUGGGAAGCUGUACUAUACCCAGAGCUU